AUGUCUACAAUCAGAUGGGUGGAUCUGCUAUCCAGCGAGUCCAACCUCUCCCACUCAGUCGCCAACAACGAGGAUGUUGCCGAGAAGGCCAAGAAGAAAAAGUUCCCCUACGACCAGGAGAGGGACCUGAACAGCAGCUUCUUAAAUUCGUACAAUGGGGACCUAGACAAUAGCAAUGUGGGGAUCAACUUGAAGAUAAAAAAUAUGUCCAUCGUGGAGGAGGAGAAGGAGGAGAAGCAAGAGAAGGAGAAGUCCCUCCUGGGGGGGAGUAAAACCACCGGACAAAUGACCCACUGGCGAGAUGUAAACGAAGGUGAAAGGGGCUGUCCCCCCAGUGCAGCUCCAAACGGGGAGAUGACACACACUGCAGAGGGAGAGUCAGGCAAGAGCACAGAAGGAGUGCCCCCCAAGGGUGCAAAAGAGGAGAACACCAGUGGAGACAACAGAACGAAUGCCCUAACAAAUGUAGUGGAGGAGGAGAAACACCAUGUUAGUGAGAAAUUGGUGAGUCUGGUCAAUCUGGUGAGUCUGGUGAGUCCUUCCCAGGAGGAGAAGACCAUCCCAAAGGAGGAUUCGCCCAAGGAACCACCUAAUGGGGACACCGCUCUAGAAAAGAGAAACAAAACGGGGAAGAACUGCCCCAAUGUAGGGAAGAACCCAACGGAGGAAAACGCCAAAAAGGACCCCCCCAACAGAGUCAGCGUGCAGAGUGGAAGCGGGCAAUCCGCAAGCGAAAGUGCAAAGAAGGUAAGUGAAAGGAGACCAAGUGCGGGGAAGAAGAACAAGAAGAACCCAUCAAACGGAACUGCGCUCACCAAAGGGAGCAGGAGCAACAGAAUAAAAAACGUGUCAGUGGGUAAAGAGGCCAUACAGAAUUCAUACUUCGCUCGGUACAUUGUGAAGAAGGGGGGGGGGAGAAGCGUUCCCGGUGAUACUGUUCCUGGUGAUGCUGUUCCGGGGGGCAGCUUACUAUUGAAGGCUGCGAACGAGGGGGAAGUGUCCAGGGGGAAGAAGAGGAAAGACAGAGCCCUGCUGUGCGAGAACAGCACGGCUUCAAAGUUCAACUGCACGCUGUCGCACGACGUGACGGUGGACGACAGCAAUGUGCCGCUGAACCCGGCCAAGAAGGCGAGGGGACGGACAAAGGAAGCGGCAGGGGAAGCGGCAGGGGAAGCGGCAGGGGAAGCGGCAGGGGAAGCGGUAAAGGAAACGGCAAAGGAGGGAGCCGCCGCUGCAAUGGAAGCGAUAAAGGAGGGAACCGCCGCUGCAAAUGCAGUGCCCGCGCCGCCCGGGAACCCCCCCCGAGACGGGGCAACCAACGUGGUGACGAAGAGCGCCACCGCAGGUGCCCCCCCAGUGGCCGAGCAAAGCAGCAACCAUUUGGGAAUAGCGCAAAAUAUGCCCUCGCCCCCCAAAUGUAAUCUGCCCCCCCCAAAUCACCACCAACACCUCAGCAGCGACAAUAUCAAUUUGGAGAAAUUCAAAAAUUUCGACGCGAAUUUUAUUAACUACUUGGGAGACAUUCGGAGCCACUUCAGCGACCCGUUCGUGAGCUCCAACAGCAACCGGGUGAAUAGCCGUCUGAAGGAAAUCGCCGUAGGGAAGUCCACGAAGGAGUAUAAAAAUUACGUGAAGGUGGUGAAAUAUGAAGAGAGGAUGGAUGACGACCCCAGCACGCCCAACGCGUAUGAGAACGUGACGAAUGCAAAGUUCCAGGCCAAGUACAACCUCUGGAGGAAAAAGCUGCACAGGUUUGACUCCAUCGGGUAG